GGUGUGGCCAAGCGGUGGCGGGAAAUUCUCAGGAGGUUGCAUUGUAGGGACCCCGGAAGUGAGUGCCCACCGUUUAACUGUGCUUUGAAGUAUCCCGGGCCGGAGUCCAGGACCCCCAGCUCUCCAUCCCACCCGCCAUGGAUAACUUCCAGAAGGUGGAGAAGAUCGGGGAGGGCACCUAUGGCGUGGUGUACAAAGCCCGCAACAGGGAGACUGGGGAGGUGGUCGCCCUGAAAAAGAUCCGCCUGGACACGUAAGGAAACGACCACCAUGACACCAUAACCACCUCGCAUAGGGCUUACUAUCCCACCUGGGGUUUAACCUCUAUAUACUGUGGGUGACGCUGGGUAAUGGCAGCAAUGUGCUCCAAGACACAGGGUUUGUUUCAGGAGUUAGAGUUAAUAGUCAGCACAGCUGGCUGUCCAUAAUGUAACCUGAAGCCUUCAUGGCCACCUUCUGGGGCUGAGGUGGAAAAUACUGGACACUUUAGAUUGCAUUCAGUUAUUAACACUGUGAGUGCCACAAAGUAAACAAUGCUCUCAAAACUAUAUUUUUGCAUGUAAGUGGUAAUAACACUGUUAAUAUGAAGGUUCGUGUAAAAAUGGGGGAACAUAAGGCACUCAAAAAACUAAAUGAUUAGAUUUCUCCUUUUAUCCAGUACUAUUACAUGCUUCAUGCAGCAUCUAGCACUUUUAAACUGUUAGUAAAAGAAUUUAAUAAAUAUAUAUAUAUAUAUAUAUAUAUAUAUAUAUGUAUUUUAUGAAAAGGGUCUUUUGAAUGUGUUGGAAUUUUGAAUUCCAAUGCAAAUUAACAGAUAGGCAUGAGACAAAGUAGGUACUGCUCUCUUACAUGUAAUUACUCAUCUUUGGCAAAAGGAGUUUGCAUUGCUAUUUCCCAUCAGCCUUUGGCUGCAACGGACGAUGGGAUCAGGUAUCAUCUCUUGUAGUGCACAACAGCUGGCACUUUAUUGCCCUUGUACACUAUUAUCUGUGGAAGGUCUUGUGAUAACCUCCAAAGACCCCGUUUUGUACUCUUGUACAUAGCACAGUAGUGAAUAAGUUGCCACCAGUUGAAGAUGUAUGGCAACACCAAGGUAGGAGUAAAACAGAAAAUUUAUGCCAUACUUACUGAUAUUUUUUCCCCCGGAUAUAUGCCAUGGCAGCACUAUGUAUGGGUAUAGCUCCUCCCCUUCUCAAUUGGACAGGAAUACCAACUAAAUAAAAGAGACUACCCUCUCAGUCUUAGUUUAAAGCCACAAAACACAUGAUUUCAGAAGAGGAUGGGAUCGCAGCGCUGCCAUGGCAUAUAUCCGGGAAAAGAAAAUAUCGGUAAGUAUGGCAUAAAUUUUCUGUUUUCCCUGGAUAUAUCCAUGGCAGCACUACGUAUGGGUUAUACCCAAGCUGAAAGGAGUAAGGGAGGGAGCAUAAUAACCACAAUGCAUAAAUCCAUGCAAAUAUGGUUUAUUGAUCCAUAAACUAUAAGGCAGCAGAGAGGACACUUCUACCAAAUUCUGUGGUAGAUGAACACACUACAUCCAACUGAUAGUGAUUGAUAAACGUGUUGAAGGAGGAUCAUGUUGCUGCCGAACAAAUGCGAUCCGCAGAAAUGUUGGCUGCAGCUGCCCAAGAAGCGGCCAAGGAUCUGGUAGAAUGAGCUCUAAGGCCUUGAGGGAACUCCGGAGGCUGAGUAGACCUGACCAAUGGCUGAGAUGAUCCAUCAGCCAAUAUGAGAUGAAGAAGCGGCUUGCCCUUCUUGUAACCUGAAGGAAUAAUGAACAGUCUAGAUGUCUUCCUUAUGUCUGAAGUCUGGUUCAGGUAUGUAGAUAAACAGCGCACCAGAUCCAAACGAUGGGAAUUUCAGAGGAAUGUCCUGAGAGAGUUUUUGCAGCAGGGGAAACCAAGGCCGCCUGGGCCAGAAGGGAAUCACUGUGCGAAUUGUUGCUUGCUCCUGCAGGAUCCUUCUUAGCAGGGGCAAAAUCAGAGGAGUUGGGGGAAAAACAUACCCCAGAUGGAACUUCCACUCGCAACAGAGAGCAUCCUAGUCUUCCGCCAAAGGGUCGAAGUAACGCGAGAAGAACCUUUCCACCUUGCGAUUCUUCGCUGUGGCCAUCAGAUCUACCUGAGGAAAACCCCACUUCUGGACUAUGCUUUGGAAUGCCAGAGGGGCUAACUCCCAUUCUGUGGGAUCCAGGGUUACUCGGCUUAAGAAAUCCACCACUUGAUUGUUCUUUCCUGGAAGGUAAACUGCAUUGAUCCCCUUCAAAUUCUUCUCUGACCAGGACAUAAGUGGGGUCAACACUUUUAUUAAGCGUUUGCUCUUUUUACCCCUCCUGAUGAUUGAUGUAAGCAACUGCAGAGGUAUUGUCUAUCCUUACUCUCACCCAACUUUGUUUCAGACAAGGAAAGUGCAGAAGAGCCUGGAAGACUGCUUGCAACUCUAAAACAUUCGAGGAUAGAGGAUACUGUUUGUUUUCCCACUGCCCCUGAACAUGAAGGAGGCCCAAAUGAGCUCCCCAACCUGAUUGGCAUGCAUCCGUUGUGAUCAGCCACCAUGCCAGUUUCUUCUUGAUCUCUGAUGAUAGAGAGAUUGCUUGAUUCAGAUCCUUGUUCGCAAACUGGGAUAGAAACCCUUCUUGUGGAAUCCUAAUAUGCCACUGGGCCCAUCUCGUAAGGCCUAUUGUAGAGGACAAACUUCCCAGAAGGCUCAUAAAUUCCCGGGCCGGGAUGGAGUUCAGAGGCAGAAGACGAAGGAUCUUUGAAUACGAAGCCCCCUGUCCAAGGAUGGGGAGAAUUGUGACUGGAUUGUGUCGAAUCUUGCCCCUAAGUAUAUCAUAACUUGAGAGGGGGAAAGCUGAUUCUUCUUGAGGUUUACCAACCAUCCAAAUUUUUGAAGAAUUAAUCGAUGAAGAAGGAGAAUAUCUCUGCUGUGUGAGAGAAUCAAGAUGUCGUUGAGAUAAUGGAAUAUUGAGAUGCCUUCCAGACGAAUAUAUGCUAUUAAGGCAACCAGGAUCUUUGAGAAAGUCCUGGGAGCUGUGCUCAGGCCAAAGGAAAGGGCUCGAAACUGAAAAUGCUGAUGGUGAAUCGCAAAUCUCAGGAACUUCUGGUGUGGUGGAGCAAUAGGAACGUGAAAGUAAGCGUCUCGAAGGUCUAUGGAGAUUAACCAGUCGCCUGGGGAGAUGACUUUUAUAAUGGAACUUACUGAUUCCAUCUUGAAUUUUCUCACAUACAGAUUUUCGUUUAAUUCGUGAAGGUCCAAAAUUGGUCUCCACUCCCCUGAUGCUUUCGGAGUGAGAAAAAGUCUGGAAUAAACCCACAAUCCUCUUUCUUUUGCAGGAAUAGGACAUAUAACUCCCUCUGGUGAAAGGGAAGAAACAAAAGACCGAAUGGCCACUGCUUUCUCUGUUUCCAUAGGCAUGCUUGUAGACAUGAACCGGGGAUAAGGGUUUGUCGAGAAUUCCAGGUAGUAGCCAGAUUUUAGGGUCUUUAAAACCCACUUGUCCUGUAUUGCUGGAGCCCAGACCUCGUAGAAGUGAAGUCUUGCUCCCACUCCCAAGGGCUGGACUGGCGUCCCAUCAGAAUUGCUUUGAAGGCGUGCCAUUGCCACCACGUCCUCUGGUGGUUUUGGAAGAGGAAAGUCCACUUUUCCUGGAUUGGAAUCUGGAAAACUCUCUACCAGGUCUGUAUUGUCUAAAGUCCUUGUCCCGAAAGGAACGUCUGUCCUGCGAAAAGGAUCUUUUAGGACGUCUAUCUUGAGGAAGAAAGGCCUUAUGUCCUUCUACUGCCUUUUUGAUACAUUCGUCCAGAUAUUUGCUAUAUAGGCUUUGGACAAAUUUGAGUCCAUACGUUUAUCCAUUGGAUCUCUUAAAGUACCGGCAUCAACCAAUGGGAGGGUGGUCUUUUUGGCUAGUCGGACAAUUGCUGCAUCUACUUUGGGGGCAAGGUCCCAAUGGUUACUGUCCGUAGCCUUAAAAGGGUAUAAUUUAGAAAAACGACCCUGAAUAGAGAUUCUUUUUUCAGCCACCUUCCAUUCUUGCUUAAUGAGGUCCUCAAUGGUCUCAUGCAAUGGGAAAGUAGGAUUGCGCCUUCUCGGGUCAGCAAAAUGCUUACUAGAAGCAGUUUCCUCCUCGCUCUUAUCAUUAAGCUCCAAGGUAUCACAAACUGCCUUGAUUAAAGCUUCUAUUUUCACACUGUCUAUAAAGACAGGAGAGGCCCCAUAUCCUUCAUCUUGAGAUGACAACUCGUCUUGCUCAAAUUCCGGGGGUACAUAUUCAUCAGUGCUUAAGUCAGCAUAUUCCUCUGGGCUAAAAGAUCCAUGUCUUUUCUUAGCCCUCUCAGACUAUCGAAGACCCUCUGAAACUGCUUGAUGGAUGUAAGAAAGAAUAUCUGGAUCUGGUUCAGUAUGGCCUGCCGAUGCUUUAAGAGAAGCUAAGCAGAGCCUUUUCCCAGGAAGCACCUUGUCGUCACAAGCUUCACCUAAGGGGGUCGUUCUUUUUCUUGUAUGAGGAUCUGUGGGCAGAACUGAAAACCCUGCAGUCAGAAGUCUGAAAUGUGUCUUUAAAAUUUCACUUACAUCCUGAGGAUAGGGCAGGCCAUCUUUAUUGGGAAAGCCAAGAAGGCCAAAUUUUUUGCAGCAAGUAGGUGAACCCUUCUGUGGGAAUUACCACCUCCCUGGGUCUGGCACAUCCAGCUGCUACCUAUAGGGUUACUGCAGCAUAGCUUCCCGGUCGCUAAAGGGGGAAUCCUCCGGGGGUCGCCCUUGGUGAGGCGCCGUGUCCUAAGGCUUCCAUGGGGAGAGAGGCUGAACUCACCAUGGGCCAGGGGUACAAUUAAACCCGAAUAAGUCACAAAAGAAAAAUUUUAGGAGAUGCAACCUCCUCUGUCCAAGAAGUGGACAGGAAAAAGGGUGUAUAGGGGGGAGUCUCUUUUAUUUAGGAGUGGUUCCUGUCCAAUUGAGAAGGGGAGGAGCUAUACCCAUACGUAGUGCUGUUUCAUAAUGAUGACACUGUGACAUUUAGCACACAACGGAAGGUAAAUAAAAUGUUAAAGGGACAUUAUAGGCACUCAGAUGACUUUCUCAUUUAAACGGCCUGGAUGCAGUGCCCCUGUCUCAUUAAUCCUGCAAUUGCGAUUAUUGCAGUUAUUGAGAAACUGCAAUAAUUACCUUGCAGGAUUAACUCCAUCUCUAGUGGAUAUGUACCAGACAGCCACUAUAGGCGCUUCCGAGUCUUUAGCAGACUUUUGGUCUGCUAAAUGACGCUGGACAUCCUCAUGCUUUUCUAUGAAGAUGUCCUAAUGCGAUCCCGGCAGUCGCCGUGCAUGCUCAUUCGGUCCCCCCACAGACUGACGGACCGUCCACAACUCCUUCUGUCUUCUGUAAUUCGUUCUGCUUAGGGGUGCUUUGUCACUGAAGAGGACUGCCACUAGAGGUCUUAGGCAGCAAUGUAAACCCUGCCUUUUCUUUGAAAAUGUAGCAUUUACAUUGAAGCUGUAGUGGUUCUGGUGACUUCAGUGUCCCUUUAAAAAAAACAACAACAAAAAAACCUGUCUCCUAACAUUUUUAGCUGGCUCUUGGAUUCCAAACAAAUUUGUCAAGCCCUGGAAUAGAUUGUAGGGGGAAUUACAGGUACCAUUUAAAUCCAGCACAUCUGCCUCAACAUGGUCAUAUUAUUGCAACAUAACAUUUUUUAUUAAAAGUGGCUCUGCCACUUGAGUUUUACAUGAAGACAAAUCAUUAUUGAAUACUGUUGUUGACUACGUUGGAAUUUCAUUGAAAUUCCAGGACAAUCAAAAUGUAUUGUAAAACAAAUUCGAGACUACUCAUGUGAGAGAGUGCAACAGUGAUGAUGGCUCCUGGCAGAUGGAGCAUCAGGUUGGCGGUGCAUGUGUGAAAGAGCCUCAGGUAUGACAGUAUCUGCAAAAUUUAUAUUCGAUAAUAACAAGAAAAGAGUAAGCAUUCAAGUAGUCCUGAACAAACUGUUAAGUGUGAUGUGAUUUAUUGGAAUCACACCAAUAAUGUUUUAUUCCAAUUGUAGGCUUUUCUCUUGAGAAAAGCCAGAGACUGGGCUGAAAUGUUACUGGUGAUAUUCUGAAAACCUGCUCGUUUGGAAUAUGACUGUUUGAUCUCUUUUCGUUAUUAAGUGGAUUGGAGUUGCCUCCGAAGAUAUUUCUAGCACUGCAGUUGCUUUGGCAGAGGUGCUUUAAUGAACAUUUAUGUUGCUUUUUAAUUCUAUGCUGAUAUUGUGAGGACUUGGCAUGAACUUUUAAUUAGUUUUUCACUUGAUGUGCAGUGUCUUACUUUUUUCACAAGUUUUCCUUCCAGCAUCUGUCAAAUGCUUUUUCCUCGCUCCUUCGUUUGGGGCAAUAUGGAUGCAGUGCAGGUUUGCGUGUGCUACAUAGUGUAGUGAGAAUCAUCAAGUCUGUAUGAAUUUUAAGUCAGUUGGUUCUCUGGCAAAUGAUCAGUCAAGAGCUGCAUAGUGUAUGAGAAUGAAUGAAUGUUUUAAUGAUUUGUGUGUAAAAAAAUAAAGAUAGAGGUGUGUGUGUGUGUGUGUGUAUAUAUAUAUAUAUGUGUGUGUGUAUAUACACACACACACACACACACACACACACACACACACACACACACACACACACACACACACACAGAGGGAGUGCAGAAUUAUUAGGCAAGUUGUAUUUUUGAGGAUUAAUUUUAUUAUUGAACAACAACCAUGUUCUCAAUGAACCCAAAAAACUCAUUAAUAUCAAAGCUGAAUAUUUUUGGAAGUAGUUUUUAGUUUGUUUUUAGUUUUAGCUAUGUUAGGGGGAUAUCUGUGUGUGCAGGUGACUAUUACUGUGCAUAAUUAUUAGGCAACUUAACAAAAAACAAAUAUAUACCCAUUUCAAUUAUUUAUUAUUACCAGUGAAACCAAUAUAACAUCUCAACAUUCACAAAUAUACAUUUCUGACAUUCAAAAACAAAUCAGUGACCAAUAUAGCCACCUUUCUUUGCAAGGACACUCAAAAGCCUGCCAUCCAUGGAUUCUGUCAGUGUUUUGAUCUGUUCACCAUCAACAUUGCGUGCAGCAGCAACCACAGCCUCCCAGACACUGUUCAGAGAGGUGUACUGUUUUCCCUCCUUGUAAAUCUCACAUUUGAUGAUGGACCACAGGUUCUCAAUGGGGUUCAGAUCAGGUGAACAAGGAGGCCAUGUCAUUAGAUUUUCUUCUUUUAUACCCUUUCUUGCCAGCCACGCUGUGGAGUACUUGGACGCGUGUGAUGGAGCAUUGUCCUGCAUGAAAAUCAUGUUUUUCUUGAAGGAUGCAGACUUCUUCCUGUACCACUGCUUGAAGAAGGUGUCUUCCAGGAACUGGCAGUAGGACUGGGAGUUGAGCUUGACUCCAUCCUCAACCCGAAAAGGCCCCACAAGCUCAUCUUUGAUGAUACCAGCCCAAACCAGUACUCCACCUCCACCUUGCUGGCGUCUGAGUCGGACUGGAGCUCUCUGCCCUUUACCAAUCCAGCCACGGGCCCAUCCAUCUGGCCCAUCAAGACUCACUCUCAUUUCAUCAGUCCAUAAAACUUUAGAAAAAUCAGUCUUGAGAUAUUUCUUGGCCCAGUCUUGACGUUUCAGCUUGUGUGUCUUGUUCAGUGGUGGUCGUCUUUCAGCCUUUCUUACCUUGGCCAUGUCUCUGAGUAUUGCACACCUUGUGCUUUUGGGCACUCCAGUGAUGUUGCAGCUCUGAAAUAUGGCCAAACUGGUGGCAAGUGGCAUCGUGGCAGCUGCACGCUUGACUUUUCUCAGUUCAUGGGCAGUUAUUUUGCGCCUUGGUUUUUCCACACGCUUCUUGCGACCCUGUUGACUAUUUUGAAUGAAACGCUUGAUUGUUCGAUGAUCACGCUUCAGAAGCUUUGCAAUUUUAAGAGUGCUGCAUCCCUCUGCAAGAUAUCUCACUAUUUUUGACUUUUCUGAGCCUGUCCAGUCCUUCUUUUGACCCAUUUUGCCAAAGGAAAGGAAGUUGCCUAAUAAUUAUGCACACCUGAUAUAGGGUGUUGAUGUCAUUAGACCACACCCCUUCUCAUUACAGAGAUGCACAUCACCUAAUAUGCUUAAUUGGUAGUAGGCUUUCGAGCCUAUACAGCUUGGAGUAAGACAACAUGCAUAAAGAGGAUGAUGUGGUCAAAAUACUAAUUUGCCUAAUAAUUCUGCACUCCCUGUAUGUAUGUAUGUAUGUAUGUGUAUAUAUAUAUAUAAAUAAAUAUAUAUUGUGUUAAAUGUAUUUUAAUAUGUGAUUCAUAAUUUUUGGAUUUUCCCUCUCUUCCUUCAUUCAAAUGUGUUUUUUUUUAUUUUAUUUUUUAUAUAUAUCUAGAGAGACAGAAGGGGUUCCAAGUACAGCCAUCCGGGAAAUCUCUCUACUCAAGGAACUGAACCAUCCCAAUAUUGUCAAGUAAGUGGAAUCAACACAGAGCUAGCACAAAGAUGUGUACAACACUAUAGGCACUCUAGCUCACUGAAGUGGUCUGGGUACAGUGUCCCUAUUGCACUUAAUGCUGCAAUGUAAAAGAUUGCAGUUCCAGAAAAACUGCAAUGUUUACAUUGCAGCACUAAGUUUGCCUCCAGUGGCUGUUAACGUAAUUUUGGUCCGGUAAUUGACACUGGGUGUCCUCACGCUCUGCAUGAGGACAUCCAAUGUCUCUUUCCCCAUUAAAGGGACACUCCAGGCACCCAGACCACUUCUGCCCAUUGGUGUGGUCUGGGUGCCAACUCUCACUUCCCUUAACCCUGCAAGUGUAAUUAUUGCAGUUUUCAUAAACUGCAGUAUUUACCUUGCAGGGUUAAGUCCUCCUCUAGUGGCUGUCUACAAGACAGCCACUAGAGGACACUUCACGAAAAGUGUGUUAUGAUGCUGGACGUCCUCACGCUAUGUGAGGAACUCCAGCAUCACCGAAAUCCCCAUAGGAAAGCAUUGAAAGGAGCUAUUAUACUCACCAGAACUACAUUAAGCUGUAGUUGUUCUGGUGACUAUAGUGUCCCUUUAAGCUUUUACCUCUCUUCAGUUGAACUAUAUGAGAACUACAAAUGUGAUAUGUACACAUAUUGGGUUUUAUUCCAUGUGGUGGUGGUCUAGAUUUUUGUGUGUGUGUGUUAAGUAUACCUUAAGCGUGUAGGCAUAUUUUACCUAUUAUUAUUAUUAUUAUUAUUAUUAUUAUUAUUAUUAUUAUUAUUAUAAUAUAUAAUAUAGCGCCAGCAAAUUCCGUAGUGCUGUACAAUGGGUGAACUAACAGACACGUAAUUGUAACCAGAUAAAUAGACUGUAGUGCAAACAAAUGCUGUUUCAUUUUUAUUUUCUUCCCUUUUUCUUUGUGUUAAUCUGUCUGACAUUUAUCUCAAUCUCAGGCUUCUUGAUGUAAUUCACACAGAGAACAAGCUUUACCUCGUCUUUGAGUUUCUCAACCAGGACCUGAAAAAAUUUAUGGAUGGCUCAAAUAUCACCGGGAUACCCUUGGCCCUUGUUAAAGUGAGUAACGUUACACUUCCUCCAGCUCUAAUUAUCUACUAUUUAAAAUUGUUUUCCGAGCUUUAAUAGCCUUAAUGUUUUCCUCUGGUUACAUUUAUUCUUGGUUUCCAAACAACUCUCCCAAAGAAUAUCUCUGUCCCCGGUAUAGAUAUAGUGGCUCUUACCCAACACAACACUAUCUGGCUCAGGUGGUGGAAUAUGUGGCAUGGAAGAAAGGUCUAUGCUGCUCCCCUCCCAAUGAAAGAUGCAAUAAUAUAUGCAUGGUGCCCCCUAAUGUCAUUAUAACUAUAUAUAAUCCACUGUUAUGAAUUAUAUAACAUAUUGAUAAGUGACAAAGAUUUAUUCUCCUGCUUCAGAGUUACUUACACCAGCUGCUGCAAGGAUUGGCUUUCUGUCACUCUCACAGAGUACUACACCGGGACCUCAAACCACAAAACCUUCUUAUUAAUGAAGAUGGCGCGAUCAAGCUUGCAGAUUUUGGACUGGCACGAGCGUUUGGUGUGCCUGUGAGAACUUAUACUCACGAGGUUAGUUUGUGACAAAAUUAUAUUUUCUUGAUGUGUUUUAUAUUGCUGCUGUUGAUUAGAUUGUUGCGGCUUGAUGAUGCAAUACACUUAAGCAUGACUUGAAUAAAAAAAAUAUAUUUAUAUUUUAUGCAGAUUCCCCAUGAGUUUCAUGCUUGCACUGGGUACAGUGAGACCCUAACUUUCAGUUACAGCUCAUAAAAGGGUACACUCGAACAAUGUGGGGAUACAUUUAAGCGCACGUCUUUCUGCUCUCCUAGAUUUGUAAUAAACCUGAGGAUCCCAAAUUCCUUGGCACUGUCACUAAGUCCUGGUACAAAAAAAGUGACCAGCAGACUCAAAGGUGCUAUGAUGAUCACCCUAGCACCAAUUUGUUACUACAUAAUACAGAAAAUAUAGCUGGUCUAUUCUCAUGUCCUAGAACAUAACUGAGAAGUAGGUGUCCCUAACUCAUGGACAACAAGCCUCCACUAGUUGCAGUGGUAUUUCGCAUCACUUUGGCAUGAGAUUUUUUAUUAUUGUUGCAAGAGGAUAUGGGGACUAUGCAACACUAGAUUUAUAAAGCUGUGGCCAGGGUCACAAUGUAGUCAAGGAAUUGAGUAGAGUGAGGCACGAGUUCCUGCCCUCUCACAUCUUUCAACAAUAAUCAGCAGCCCACGGUUGGGGAUUACAGAGGACAGUACUUGAGCCUCGAGUUAAUGGGUAGCCCUUGUAACCAUGCCAUACAAAAUGUUUGUCUUCAAUUAUAUUUUGGGAACUGCAGCUCUCUUGCUGUUGUGGGUAAACAAUUUGUAUGGACAUUCCAUUAACCCCUUAAGGACACAGCUUCAGAAGCUUGUCUUACGAUUAAUGACACAAAAUGUUUUUGCAUUUUCUUGCUGUAUGCGUUCAACUGCAAUUUGCAUCUCUCUCGUUUAUUGCACCGACACACAUUAUAUACUGUUUUUUUCAAGGACAGAAAGGGUUUUAAUUUGAUGUAACAUCCUACAUAUCAGUUUGAGAGUACUAUCCGCACCGUUUUAAGGUUAUUGACCAUUUCAAGGAUCAAAGCUGUAAUUUGAGCCCCUGGUUCUUUUGGCUUGGUAGCCUAACCUUUUCCCUGCCCCUCAUUCCGUACUCCUCCGGGGGGCACAGAGCAUCCAUCUCCGAAGCUCGUGUCCGUUCUCAGUUUAUGAUCCUGCCCCAUCUAUUAGUUAUACUUUGGGCUCGGAGCCUGCGCUGCUAAUGCCUAGCGUUCUGUCGUCCCCAUUAAUUUAUGUGCAGAGUUGAUGUGUGUUCCCUUGUCCUCGGUCUAAUGGGGAAGCGGUUGUUGCUUUUAUUUGGGGAGUUAUGUAAGUGAUAUCUAGGAUGGUCAAAAGUGGUGUUUCAAAGCUUGUAGGUAUCUUCCCUUCUGCGUUUUGUAGUCUGUGUGUGGGUGUGUAUAUAUGUGCCCACUGGUGGUGGGAGGGUUCUGUUGUAUAUGUUUUGCAUCAAAUUUAUGAUGUGGCGCGUUUUCGGUGGGAGGUAGUCCUCCCUUCUUUGCGUCAUACUUUAUAUUUUGAGUUUUUUUGUACAGUUUUUGCAAUAAUAAUGUGUGCCUAAUUAGUGCAGGUUUAAGAAAGUAAUUAAAAAUAAAUUCAUUUAGUUGUUCUGAUUUACAGAAUGUGUCUGGGAUUUUAAGGUUUUUUAUGGUAGUUACAGGUCACAAAGCACAAGGAGUAAAAUAAACUUUUAAUGUGGAGCGAUUUUAGAAUUUGGUAUGUUUGUCUUGUAAGCUUAAUAGCCAUAAAAGAAAACAAAAUUGCCACACAAAAGUAUAUAUUUAUAUAAAGUAGACAUCAUAGGCUAUUGUCCUAAGGAUGUUUUGACACUUUCUAUGUAGCCAUUUCACCGCCAAUCUCUGCUAAAUAUUGGAGUAAAAUUUUGUUUUUGGGGGUUUUGGCACACAAACUUAUAACAAAGAACUUCUCAUGUGUGUAUUGUAAAGUUGGUGUGUGCUUUUUGACCUGUCCGUUUCAACAUUUACAGUAGAAUUUUGAGAGGCGGAUUUAAAAGGGCCUAUGCUUCAAUUUGGGGUAUUAUAGCAGUUUGACUGUUCAAAAAAAAAAAACCCACAAAGGCCUACCAUUUGUAAAAGUAGAAACUCCAGGGUAUCUCAUUGUGCCUUAACAUGCCCCCAUUUUUUUUCACCAAUAUAUGCCAAAGUAUGUGGUAAAUAAUUUUGGGCAUUUUUUUACAUACGGAUUACAUUUUUGCUGGGAAUUUUGUACAUUUCAUAUGUGCCACUAAGUUCAAACCCCCCAAAUUAUGCUCCGCUAAGUCUUGAGUAAAACAAUAUGCCCAAUGUAUGAACUAGACACUAUUUUGUGAAGUUACACUGCUGUAAAAGAGACGUGACAAGUUAAGGUAUUUAAGUGUGAAUUUUCAUGGAGGGUUUUGAGGCGUCCGUGUCCCACUUUGGAGCACUUGAGCAGGCUACAUAUUACAACUACACCAUAAAGGCUUACCAUUUCUUAAACAACACAUCCCAGGGUAUUUCAAAAGGCAUAUUUUAAACCUUAGCGUGGGAUCAUUUUUCUGCUAGCUUGUACCAAGUGUAGUGGUAAUAAGCAUUUUUUUUUCUGCCUUUUUGCUGAGUACAGCAAUAACCCCGUAUGUACCUUUGCCAGGUAUAUGUGGACAUUGAAGGGUCACAUUUGAGACACAGCCAUUCCAGUUUUUCUCAGAUUUUGAAUUUUUACUCUGUGUCCAUGUCCCAUUUUAGAGUAUUUUACAAGGCUAUAUAAUCCUCUAAUACAGAGGCAGACAGGAGCACCGUUAACCCCGCGAUCACGUCGAUCUGGGGUUAACUUUAGUAAAUGACGGAAAUUUUCCGUCAACGGUCCUAAACUGAAGGACAGGGUUGACGGAAAAUUUCCAUCUGCAGUCGGGAAGGGGUUAACUUGGGGCUCAAUUAUUGUUUAUUUUAAAACUGUAGUGUUUAUAUUGCUGGAUAAAAGUACAUCUCUAGUGGCUGUCGGGUAUAACAGCCGUAUUGGGCACUUUCACUGUAUUGAGUAAGUCAGCAACGCAUUGAUUUGUUGCUUCUCUAUGGGAAAGUUUGUAUGUGUAUUUAUAAUAAUAAAGAAAUAUAAUAAUUAAAAAAAAAAAAAAUUAUAAAUAUAUAUAUUUUUUUUUCUUUCCACCUACCGCAAUGUCAUAGAGGAGGCAAGGCCUCCUUCAUGAUGGUCCAAUCCAAUGCUACCCCAAAAUAUGUGUGUAUCUUUUUAUGAACUAUAAAUGUAAGUUAGGGUUUCUGUGUAAGUAUAAAACUCUAUUUGACGUUUUAAUAUGAAGAUUUUUUAACUGAUAUAUAAACCUCAAAUAAUUGGCUCUACAUUAUAAGAAUAGGUUUUAAUUCGAAGCAGGAAGAAGUGUUCAGAGUGCAAAUGGUAAACCUUUUUGUUCUUCUGUUUCUACCAGGUUGUCACACUCUGGUAUCGGGCUCCUGAAAUUCUUCUCGGCUGCAAAUACUACUCCACCUCUGUGGACAUAUGGAGUCUUGGAUGCAUUUUUGCAGAAAUGGUAGUGGAACUUUCACUUUAAAUUCACUGCUUACAUUUUUAAAUUGUGUUUGCACAUAGAAAAAGGUAAAUGUUAAAAGGCUUUGUCCUUUUUAUGGUCCCAAGUGCACUUCAGAUGGUAAAUGGUUUAAAUCAGUGGUUCCCAACCCAGUCCUCAUGGCCCACAAACAGUCCGUGUUUUGUCAGUAUUUCCAUUGGAAUAAAAAAGUGGAAUACAUAAAUCCUGGACUGUUGGUGGUUUACAAGGCCAUGUUUGGGACCACUUUUUUUAUUUUUUUUUAUUUUUUUUAUUGAGGUAGAUAGAAUAACAAUACAAGCAUUCAAGGAUUAGGUAUACAAUGUACAAUUAGUGUAUAGCAGUUCAAAAAAGAUUGGCAAUACCUAAUUUUUUUGUAUUUUAAGAACAGGCAGAAGCAGACUCAACUACCGUAUUAAUAUUUGGUGUUGAACUUGUGAAUGGAGAGUGAAAGUCAGACCUGUGGAUGGGACCACUGUUUUUAAAGUGCAUGAGUACCAACGCGUUCCAGAGUUACAUAGCUGAAAAGAGAUUUGCGUCCAUAAAGUUCAGCCCUCCUCACAUGUUUUUUGCUUUUGAUCCAACAUUAAUAGUGCAUUCACGAAUAUUUAGUAUCCCUCCUAAUAUUUUAUUUGACUGGUAUUGACUUUUUUUUAUUUAUUUUCUUUUUUUUAUGUAGACGAGAGCACUUUAUAUUCUUUCAUAGUAUUUAAUCCCCAUCAAUCUGUUUUUGAGACUCUCUCCUACCCAAGACUAUUUCCAUGAGUAACUUUCCUUUUCAGUGCACAUAUACACCUUAAUAAAAUUGAGGUGCAUUUCAGUUAUGGAACAAAUAAUGUAGCUGCAAAUCCUUAAAAAACUUGUGUUAAAACACAAAAUAAUCUAAAAUACUUGACACACCAUAAAUAUAGCAUGUAACUAAUUGCACAUCUUGUCUGAAGAAAGUCAUAUAUUAAGCUCCAUGAUUUCACUCAUGUGAUAUUGUUUAGUUGGUGUGUGGGCUUAAAUAAAUUUAAAAUGCAAUAAAUAUGACAAAACUAAAGUGGAAAGCAUGCACAUUGUAUAUCCCUUCUCAUGGGUUUAAAAUAAAAAAUAAAAAUGCAUAGCCAGAUAUUCUGGUCAUGUGAUACUAAUGUGGUCCACCACAUAAUAGGCCACAACUAAAAUCCAAUACCGUCCUAUAACAACACUAGGACUUCAAGGCACCAGUGAAGGAAAAAAAGGGGGGGAGCAGAAGUGGUCAUCCUGGGAUCACCAAUGCUGUUCGGCCCACAGAAAAUAAAUAUUAAAAAAAGUAGGUGUAUAUACGUGGGAGAAAUAUACGAUGUGUUUGUUUAUUUAUUUUUUUUCUUAAACUACUUUGAUCAGAUUCAGAUACUUGUAGUGAAAUACUGGGGCAAGAAUAUUUUCCGAACUUGGAGCAUUUCUACAAAUCAUAAGUGGGACCAGCCAGUAGAUCACAGAUUACGUUAUUUUAGUAUGGCUAUGCAUGAAAACUGGCUAACACGCUAACUAAUAAGUCUACUUAAUACACUUAACAAAACUGAAUUCUAACCUUUUGAGGUGUGCUUCUUGCUGCAAGGUAAUAUUUGGUCAGAUAAAACUUUUUUAUAGUUUGUAUCUGGUUUUAAGUUAUCUAAGAAGCAGUGUGAUGCCCACAUUGCAGCAUCCAAAGUAUCUGCUGAUAAGGUUUUAUUUUUAAUAAAACCUGCCUGGGGGAUAUGGAAACAUUUACAGUUAUUCUGCAGGCCCUAUUCAUUAGUAAUGUGGGUAUCCGUCUCCUGCUCUGUGUGACUAUAACGGAGAAUAAGUUCCUUGUCUGCUGCACGUAGCAUGACUUCAAUGUGCUUCUGAAAUCAAAGUUUAUACUCACAGUGCUUCCUCUCCCUGAGGGUAGAAGGGUGGAGAUGCUAGUGUGGAUUUCAUUCUGCUUAAGCACUGCUGAUUAAAAGAAUGUGUACCUUGAGGGUGGAUUCGAACUAUGAUGCACAUUUUAUUGCACUUGUAGUGAUGCAGGGCAACCAUGUGAUCAGCAGUGAUUUUGUGUGACUGUUGGUGAAGGAGACUUUUUUUUUUUUUCUUCUGUAUAUAACCAAAGAAGCACACAUACAGAAGAGAUAAUCUUGCAUUAUGAGAACAAUAGAUUAUAAAUUACUGUGGAUUGUGUUUGCAAUGGUGCUUCAUAAUUAAGGAUAAAUGAAGGUAAUUGUGAACAGUUCAAUGAAAGAAAAACUAGGAGAGGAAGAUAAAUAGGAAAAAGGGAGAAAUGGUGAGGUUGCUUCCAGAACACACACACACACACACACUCAAAUUGAUAUUAUUUCUGAAUAAGGCAGUAUGAGAUCUACAGCAAUAAUCCCACAAGGAAUACCUGCAAUAGUAAGGGUCCACUCUGUGGUAUAUCCUCUUUCCAUUUUGUGUGUGUGUGUGUGUGUAUAUAUUUUUUUUAUUUUAUUUAUUUACACAGGAGUAUCUGAUCCUCAUCGAGGAAACAGCAGGUCAGUAUCACUGUAACAUUUACAGAACAGGUUGCAAGCACAGCUUUUGUACUACAGCAUGCUGGAAUAUAUAUAUAGGAGGUGCUAUUGCAUUAUUUUACAUUUAUUUAUGUGCACCUUGCCAUACAUCCCAAGCAUUUUUUCAAAUGGUACCCCCUACCAAAAGGGAUCUGGCUGUUUCAAAGGCUCCGUUUUGAGAAAUCGUUGUUUUGUUUUUUUGAAUGCCCAUGCCCAGUGUCAUACAGCAGCAUUGGGGCAGCAGUUAGGAUAUGGAAAAUGGAUAUUAUAUUUAUUAUAUAUAAUAGAUAUUGUGCAGGCAACUCACAUUUUGUCUGAUUUUGUGGAGUAUAUAUUAGCCUCUUGGGUAUUAGGUACUAUUAGUAAAUGCGUGAGUUCUACAUGUGAAGCACACAAAGGAGUACCCCCAUAUAAGUGAAUUGUGUUCCAGUUGGCGUCUGGUAUGUUAAAACCAAGAUCCCUUUCCCACGCGUAAUUACAUGAGUGUUAUCUGUGGUGCUGUAUAAUAAGUUGUAAAUUGUUGAUUUUUUUUAAAUGUAUUUAUUUAAUGUAAUUUAUCAGUCAACCGUUGUGGCUUGCUUACAGGGUAUGAGAUAUGUUUGAUAUUGGUUGGACAUCUGAGAACACACUGCAGCUCUGCCCCAGGAAGCACCUCUAGUAACCAUAUGUGUGGCCAGUGGAGCGAUGUAAACAAUGCAUUUUCGCACUAAGCUGUAGUUGUUCUGUUGAGUAUAGUGUCUCUUUAACCAAUUUGUAGGAGGAGAACCCUUUGUAAUGUUUUUGAACACAUCAGGUCCUGGGGCUUUUUUGGAACGUAGUGAUUGCAUAAUUUUAUCUACAUCUUUCAUGUCAGUAGGAGCAGAAGUCCUCUAUGAACUUAUGAAUCUUGUCACGUUGCCUUUUGAGAGUAAAACAUAGAUUUUUGUCUAUUGUGGGUUGGUUUGUACAUUGUAUAAUCUAAAAAACAUUGCCCCUUUUUAGAGGUAGAACUUAUAAAAUUAGAUUGUGACCAAACGUGUUGAUAAAAGAUGGUAUUUUAGUACAGGUGGUCCUCGUUUUCCGACCUGUUUUCCGAUGGUUCGCACUUUCGACCAGCUCUCUCGCAGGGUGGUAAGUGCGAGCCGUCUUGGGAGUUAGGAUUCUCUGAUCUGCUAUGUUCGGGGACAUAGACAAAUGCAACAGAGCAACGAAUACCUCUAAUCUAUGUUCGGGGAAAUUUGCCUGAACAUAGAUUAGAGGGAUUCCCUGCUCUGGUGCGUUCGUCUAUGUUCGGGGAAAUUUUCUCAAACCAUAGACAAGCACAACAGAGCAGGAAAUCCCUUAACUCCUCACUUAACGACUAGGUCGUAUGAACGAAACCCGGUUGGUAAAUAAGUACCUGUAUACGCAUUUCUCUCAGGUUUACUUGCUAGCUUUAUUACUUUUGUGCAUACUUUUUAGUUUUUAACAUAUGUAGUGUUGAAACUGUGUUGGAAAUGUUUUUUUUUUUUUAAUUGAUUCUUGCUUUCGAGGAGUCUGAUGGGGAAAGAAAACAGGCUGUAGACAUGUCCCUUCGUGUCAACAGGGUCAGUAGGUGGGACUGAGACAGGUUCUUCAGAUACCGUGAUCUGCUUAUAAAAAGUCUCCUCAUAACCAUUUUGUGUGUUAACCAUAUGAAAGGUUGUGCUACAUCUGGGUUAUCAUUGACUGAAAAGUAGUCUUCUAGAUUUUCGGAAUGAUUGUGACAAAUUCCCUAUUUUGUAAUGGUGUCAUUAAGUCUUCAGGUGUUGCAACCUCAAAACUAAGAUUGAUCUUUUAGUGUUAAUAAAAGUGGAGAGUGGUGUGACCAGAAGAUAUUCCCUAUGUUGCAAGUUGUCAUUGAUUCUAUGUGGGAACUAGUUAUUAAGAAAACCUCUAUUCUGGAGUAAGAAUUGUUAAUAGAGUAGUAGGAAUAGGAUCUUUCCUCUAGGUGUAAUGUACGCCAGAUGUCAUAGUUGGUACUGUAUAUCAAAAGUUUGUUUAAGGAUUUACAUUCAGAUUUUAGAGCUUUAUGUAUGGAGAAGGACAGGGGCAGUGAAGUAUCUAACUUUGGGUCGAGAAUGUGGUUAACAUCGCCACGUUUCUGUGACUUCUCUCAGCAGUUCUGCUAACUUUGUGAAGAACUUGUGUAAAAAUGUUGCUGGUUUGUGUUUGAUGUGUAGAUGUUGACUAUGGUAGAUUUACCUUUUGCAGUAUGGCUAUAAUUGGGCAGACGAUCAACUUGGAGUUAUCAGGGCUGCACAUUACUGCUAGUAAUAACGAGAAUCUCGUAGACCAAACAGGUCUGUUGUGUGUUCCAGGUUGCCAUCUGGAAAUAAACAAAAUAAGUCCUAUAAACUAAAGUAAAAUAGGUUGAAAUUAUAAGCAUCCGCUGGGAUUCAUCAAGUAUCCUAUCUUAAAGAUUGUGUGGGGCAUAUUUGCGGAGAGAUAGGUGUUCAUAGCAUCAGAAUGAGUUAGGAUUUCAGUCCUGUCAUAUUAUUUCUGUACAGUGUUCCACUCGUGCUGUAUGUGUGCUGGUGAACCAGAGGGUGUCUUUGACUUUACUGGUGAUAGCUUCCAUUACUAAAGGAGCUUGUAUUGUGAAUACAUGUCCAUUCUGCAACACUAUCAAGCUACCGGGCUAUGCCCACCGAUAUUGUAUAUGGUGAGUGUAUAAGACUUCAGUUACUUGCUGGCAGGUCCUGUGUGAUUUUAGUUUGACAGCUGAUAAGUCUGGGUAAACUUGAAUGUUUAUAUACUUGGUGGAAAUAUUCUGCUUUGUACGGCUUGAUCGCAGUAGAAGUUCUUUUAUAUGAAAAUAAUGGCCACGGAGUAGCAAAUUUCUUGGUACAGAAUCAGGUAAGUGUUUAGGAUGGUGAACCCUGUAUUGCGGGUGCAUUAACAAUGUUAUGUCAGGAGCCAAUUUCUUAAAGAAGCUAUGGAUAAACUCCACCAGUCUUGCAGGCAAUACAGAUUCAGGGAUUCCUUUUGGCCUAAGUUUAUUCCAACUUGAGUGGUCUUCUAAAUCCAUAAUUUUGACUUUGUAUGCUUGCAGUCGAAGACCUUUUUAACAUUGUUUGUCUUAAGCUGCAGAUACUAAUUUACCAUGACCAUAUCUGUGUGAUUAAUAAAAGGUUAACAUUGAUUGAAUAUCAAAAUCCAAUUUGUAUUUAUUUAUAACUAGUUGGGGUUUUGUUGUGGCUCCGAGCUCCAUAACCACUAUAGGGUACCUUGGCACACUUCCCCCAGUGUAAAUAGUCAAACUUUUUAGAAUGGUUUGACCUAGUACCUGGAGUUUGCUUGGUGCUGUUUUCUCCCUGUAAUAAGCCCAGUAGUGAAAAACUUGGAUCCCUGACUGUCCGCUAAUUACACUCAGCCAAUCAGCUGGUCUGGCACUACAGGUCUUGGCUCAUUAGAGUUAAAGCAAGCUCCUAACAUUAGCUUCCCGCGCUUCAAAGAGGAGAGAAGGAAGGUUCUAAAACAGUUUGACUACUUACAUUGGCUGUAGCAAUUUUUGUGCUUCAGUGUUCUUUUCAUGGAAAUAUGUCAGUUAUUCCUUUAUAGCAGUGUUACGUUUCAGAGUUCAUUACCUCCCUCCAACUCCAAAUGAUUCAUAUUAUGUUUUCGUUUGAGGCCACACAGCCCUUUUCUGCCAGGUGCAUUGUCUCAUUCUCAUUUAACAGUGCUUUUGUUCGUUACAGAUUACCAGAAGAGCCCUCUUCCCUGGGGACUCUGAAAUCGACCAGCUGUUUCGCAUCUUCCGUACACUGGGGACCCCUGAUGAAGUGUCUUGGCCAGGAGUGACUUCCAUGCCUGAUUAUAAGACCACUUUUCCAAAAUGGGCACGACAGGAUUUCAGCAAGGUGGUUCCUCCUUUGGAUGAAGAUGGUAGAAACCUGUUAGCAGUAAGUAAUAUUUCUAACUCAUUAAGACUGGAUAUAACCACUCAAAUUAUUCGUGUGUGUGUAUAUUUUAAAUUAUUUUUAUUUUUUUUGUAUGCUGCUUAUGUGACAAAACCGAAGUCAUAUAAGCAGUAAUGUAUUAAACUGCUGCCAUUCAAGUGUUUUUUAAUUUUAAUUUUUUUUUUUUUUGUGGGGGGGAGGGAAUUUCAUACUGUAGUAAUUCUUAUUUAGUGGAAAAUUCUAAAUGUAAGCAAUGUUCCUAUAUUAGAAUGCCUUUUUAUUUUAUUUUUUUUGCAGUGCAUAUGAGGGGAAAAAAAACAAGCGUGCAUGGGGUGCCCCAACGGCAAUCCUCAUGCUUGUCAAACAUUUGUUACAACGGGGUAUACGUUAGUACUUGCACAAUUUUAGACGUGUGUGUGUGUGUGUGUGUGUGUGUAUAUAUAUAUAUAUAUAUAUGUGUGUGUGUGUGUGUGUGUAAUAUAUACACUUUUUAUUUAAUGCUAACCUAGUGAAAUAAAACACAAAUUCUUACAGUUACAAAUGUGGAUGGCAACUAGCUAAUAAAUGCAUAAACUAGUUUCAAAUGCAGUUUCAAUGGGAGCAUGUUGGGAUAGAGUGUGUUUAAAAAACAAAACAAAAAAAAACCCUUUGAGCAGUUACUGUACUUCAAAUUAUCCAGCCAACACAAACUUGUUUAGUGUGGUUAAAGAUUUUCUGUAAAGUUACAUUUCUACUUACCUGAACCAUAGCCUCCAUCUGGUAACAGCAAGAAAAACCUCUUGAAGUCAGUCAACACGUUCAUACCAACAAAAAAAAUGCUUAAGGGGAAUACUACUCCAGAGAUGCAUAAACCUCUACAAUCAUAAUAGUGAAUUAAUUCAUUUAUUUUAACCAUGAAAUAGCAAUAAAUAGUUAUUCUUGCUGUCUCACAUGAUUGGUGUAUUCACUGUAUGUUUGAUUCUUUCCAGCAAAUGCUCCAGUAUGACUCCAAUAAGCGGAUCUCUGCUAAGGUUGCCUUGACACAUCCUUUCUUCCGGGAUGUGGGCAGACCAACCCCACAUCUGCAUUAGACACAUGGCUGGAAAAUGGAUUCACCUUAUCGACUGUAUAAUCAGCAAGGCAGUGACUGACAAGAUGGACCCAGUGGUUUUCAACAGGACUUGUCCUUUUCAGAAUGAUACUCUGUAUCACGCCCUAUAAUUUAUUAACAAACCUUUUCAUAUUCAAACAACAUUGUUUUACCAUAUAUUUUGUAGUAAUGAAUAAGUAACAUGUUGUAGAUACCGUUUGAAUAUUCAGUCCCUUUCCUCCAACUUUUUAUACAGAUUAUACAGUUCUACGUUGCAGUUGAAACUGUUGAAUAUUUUAUACUCUAACAGUGAGAGGUGGGGGUGUAAAUUAACUCGCUUUUAGAUGUGACUUCUUUCUUCAAAUAUUUAAAUUCCAGGUUUUCAAAUUUAGUAUGAGUGUGUGUUUGUGGUUUUUAUGAUUGUGCUUUGUUUGUCUCACCCCAGUCAAAGCUAGCCUCACUGAAUGUUUUUUUAUUCAAAACAAAUUGCAAUGAAGCUAUAGUUUUCUAAAAUCUUCUAUCUUUACUGGAAAAUAAAAUGUAACAGUGUUUUGCAUGUUAGAUGCUGUUCUGGAUACUGGGAAAAUAACUUCAGACAUGGUGAAAAUCUUUGUUCCAGUACAUCAGCUCUUUUAUAUGCUCUGGUAAUCUAGACAUUUCAAAGUCUAUCAGACCCCCAAUAGAGUUUAUUUUAUUUUAUUUUUUUUUCCAAUAUUAGGUUCCAUGUUAAGUUCGAACUUUCUUCACGGGUCAUAUGUUAUGUGCUUAGUUUAGCUUAAGUAUGGCAUUGCUGAUUUUGGUCAAAGUGCCUCAAUGCUAUUGUGGGUUUUUUUCUGGAAUGGGGAGUUAAAGAAUACAUCUUUCUUCAAAUGGAAAGACUACUGAUGGGUAUUUUUUUUGGGGGGGGGAGGGGGUUUCCAUGUAUUUUCUCUGCCUAUUUUAAAUUAGGACAACGGUCAGCUCAAAAGUUUUCAAUAUAACAUUCCAUUCAUCAUGUUUUGAAAGGAAAUGACGUACACGUCAUUUAAAACAAUUUAACAGCUAAAACAUCCAUACCGUAUUAGUAUAAAACAGGAUCUGUCAGCCAUAUACAUGCAUCUUUGAACAGUGUUUGAAAACCAAUAGUAUCUCUGGUCUUCUCUAU